GGAACAUAAGUAAUUUAUUGGUAAUUCCUGUUUGGCAUUUAUGGAAUUUUCUAUAAGAUAGUAAAUGUAUCUUCUAACUUGGGUGUAGCACAAAAUGCAGACUAAUACGAAUUUAUUAUAAUAUAUUAUUUUAUGUAAUGAUUGAAAGAUUUCUUCGAAAUGAUUAGUGUACUGAAUGAGAUUUCUACGAAAUGAUGUACUGAAUGAGAAUAAUUGACAUAUGAUUCUAAUAACCGUAUGCGAGUCAUAUACGUAUGUGUAGAAUUUAGAAAUGGCAACUGGAGGUAGUAGUUUUAUAAGUAAACCAGCCAGAGGAUGGUUACACCCUGAUAACUUAGUGAGUAAAGAAGGAAUCACUUACACUGUUAAAUAUAUAGGAUGUCUUGAAGUAUAUACAUCUAUGAAAAGCUUAGAUUUUGAAACAAGAUCAUGUGUUGCCAAAGAAUGUAUAAACAGAGUUUGUGAAGCAGCUGGUUUAAAAUCUGCAGAUAAAAAAAGAAGGGUGGAUAGGAAAGUGUUAAGAGCAAUUGCUGAUAAACCUCGCAUGGAACAUACAGGUGCUACAAUAAAUUUGACUAUUAGUAGUUGCAGUUUAGCUUUGACUAACAUAGAGACUGGACACAUUAUUGCCAAACAUGAAAUGCCACGUAUAUCUUUUGCUUCAGGUGGAGAUACGGAAAUACUAGAUUUCGUAGCAUAUGUUGCUAAGAAUAUGCAAGAAUGGCGUGCUUGUUAUGUAUUAGAAUGUGGAGGAGGUCUAGCACAAGAUGUUAUAUCCACUAUUGGACAAGCUUUUGAAUUACGAUUUAAAGAAUUUCUUACAAAACCGGCUUCAUUACACCCUAUGUUAAAUGGAAUGCGAGAAGCAGAUAGAGAUUAUUAUAAUGAUCUACCAGGCAAAGUACCACCAGAUAUUGGUCCUCCACCAGUUCCACCUUUACCAACUACGGCAUCAACACUACCUAAUUUAAAACAUCAUCAUUCUGCUCAAAAUCAUGUGUCACGCAGCAAUAUACAAAACUCUGUAUUACAUGACACGUUUUCCAAUUCUAAUAGACAUCAUCAACAAUGGGCAGAAAGUGGUAACUUAAUUGAUCUGAAUUCUGAUGAAACAUCAACAAAUUUUAAUAUUCCUCUUGAACAUAACUACGUAAAUGACAGUGUUAUAGCAGCUACCAGAGAAAGUCAUCGUGAUCAAACACCACUUUUCGAUGUAUUUGAUAUGCAGCCAUUUAGUUCUGCGAUAUCAGAUAUGAAUAGAUUAAGCCCACAUUCUCAAAAGCAACAAUUAAAGCAAGAGAUUUGGUUCCAUGGUAGUGUUAGUCGCGCUGAAGCAGAAUCAAUGCUAACAAAGGAUGGUGAUUUUUUGGUUCGAGAAUCUCAAGGCUCGCCUGGACAAUAUGUCCUUACUGGUAUGAAUAAUGGUACACCAAAACACUUACUAUUAAUUGAUCCAGAAGGCGUAGUUCGCACAAAAGACCGCGUUUUCGAUAGUGUUAGUCAUUUAGUAAACCAUCAUUGUGACAAUGUAUUACCAAUUAUAUCAGCAGACAGUGUUUUAGUACUUCGAUAUCCAAUUCCCAGACGAAGUGCGAAUAAUUGAUAUUUACAGAACUAUAAUAGUAUACUCAAAACCGAAUAAGAUUCACAUUUGGUAUCGGUCAAUCCCACUAAUAUUUGCAAAAAAGAGUCGGCACCAAAUAUAAUGCUUUUUAUAGCAAAAAUUUUGUCAUGAACAUCUUUCUUAAGAAAGGAAAGAAUGAAAAAUGAUUUAUCCUAUUCUUACUAAUAGAAAGACUUAAUAUUUAAUGAAAUAGCAUCUUAUAAUUAUUAGUGUUAUCAUAAUGCAGAGAGAAGUGUUGAAUCGUAUACAAAAUUCAAAAAAUUAUUAUUAGAUGUUAAAUUACGAUGAUUAAUGUGUAAAAUUUUUUAUCAAAAUAUUUGUAUGCAUCAAUUUUUUUGUAAAAUAGUAUAUAUAUAUAAAAAAUAAUAAUAUUUACAAUAUUUUUUUCUUAAUUUAUUAAAUUGAAUUUUUUAAUCUUACAUAACUUUUCAACAAUUCCGAUAUACUUAUGAUAAACAUAAAUUUUACUUCUCAUUAAAUAUAACAUUUAACAUAAAAUAUAUGUGUUACAAUUGUCGUAUAUUAGAUAAAAAUUUUUUAAUCGAUAAGAUCAAUUAUUUAGUUCAAUUUGAUAUUAAAUAUAAUUGUUUUAUUUGAUUUCAAUUCUUGUAAGAUUUAGAAUAAAAUCUUAUCAUGCCAUUGUUACAUUUCAAAGUGUGCCACAAUUUAAUUUUCUAGUGGUUUAGUACUCACUAUAAAAUACAAUAAAAUUAUACAUCUUUAGUUUUACACAUAAUUCUAUCAUAUAGAUCGUGACUUUUAUAAAAACAUGUUUUUAUAAUUUAAUUUUAUAAAACUCGUAAAAUAAUUAUGCGCAUAAAUUAUACACAAACACACACACACACACACACACGUGUGUGUGUGUGUAUAUUUUUACGAAUUUUGUAACAUCCUGAUAGUAUGAUAUUUUCAUUCCAUAUUUAUGAAAUAAUCUUCGUUUGUAAUCUCGAUUUUAAUAGAAAAUUAUAUAUUUAUAUUUUAUCUAAAUAUACAAUAAUAAAGUAAA